AGAUAGUAUCUGCGUUUUAUUGUGCAAAGUGCGUAAGGCACAAGAAGCAGGAAUAGUAAUAAUUUCUCAUUAAUUUCUUCAGUCUUCCCUGAUUUCGUUUGAUUUUUUUUUUUUUAAUUUACUUUCCCGUUAAGAAAUAGAGAGUAGAGAUGUAUCCCACAGGGAGGGUAACAGUUCCGAGACUGUGUGUAUUUUUCAUGAUAGCCCAAACGUUUGUAGAACAGGGAACGGCGUUUCUCAGUGAUGAAAGUAUCAACAGGAUAAAUUCAGCUCAAAAUUCAUGGAAGGCUGGAAGAAAUUAUGAUUUGAACUCAGAAGAAAAAAUAAUGCGAUUGUUGGACAAGCUGGAUGAGAAGAACUUAGAUGAAGCGGACAAGCUGCCACUCAAAACAAAAGAUCCGGCUUGGCCCUCGGACGAAGAAAUUCCGAAAACGUUUGACGCCAGGAAAAAAUGGGGUAAAAUUUGCCCUCAAAUAGCUGAUAUUCAAGAUCAAGGAAACUGCGGCUCCAGUUGGGCCGUAGCCUCUAGUUCAGCGGCUUCAGAUCGACUGUGCAUAAGCUCAAAAGGAAAAUUUCAGGAUUCGCUUUCUGCUCAGCAUGUCGCGUUUUGUAGCUUGAGGUUCGGCAAUGGGUGCGAUGGAGGAAAUUCGUUUUAUGGCUGGAAUUUCUUGAAGAAAUCAGGGGUUGUGACAGGAGGAGGAUUUAAUUCAUCCAAAGGUUGCCAACCUUACUCUAUUCAGCCGUGUAUGCACCACAGCAAGGGCAAACCUAACCCAUACCCCCACUGCCAGACGCUUCCUAAAAAACACCCUGACUGCGAACUGAGGUGCACAAACGAUCAGUACACCAAGUCUUUCAAAAAAGAUAAGCACAAGUUCAAAUCCGUUUACUUUCUACCAAAGAACGUGACUAUUAUGCAAAAGGAUAUCAUGACACAUGGACCGAUAACUUUUAGUUUCCAAGUUUAUUCAGAUUUCUUUCAUUACAAAUCAGGAGUUUACAAGAAUACAUCUUCUGAAUAUCUCGGCAACCUUGCCGUCAGAGCCCUUGGAUGGGGCGAAGAAAACGGACAACCAUACUGGCUAAUUGCAAAUGCUUGGAAUCCAUACUGGGGAGACAAAGGCCUGUUCAAAGUCUUACGUGGGUCCAAUCACUGUGAUAUAGAGGGCUACGCUCUUGGAGGAGUGCCUCGAAAGUAUAAAAUAUAAAAACAUAAAAAUUCCAAAAUAUUUAUCAAAAAACAAUAAAUUUAUGAGCUUAAGUCGUAUGUAUAUCAUACAGAAUAAAAAAAAAUAUUGUAUUUUUA